AUGGAGAGAACUUCGAGCGUGUCAUUAGUACUCCCAGCCAGCGAAGGGCCAGGCGUUUGUUGCAAGGGACUAAUGUUCUUUUUAGUCAAUGCCCACAAUGAACUUGUUCAAGCGUACCAAAGUUGUGAAAAUAACCGGUAACUUCACUAUUUUUUUUACUUUCGUCCAAGUUUCCGGUGCCAAUUUUAACAAAUGAUUUCUUAUAUUAUUGACAGUAAUCAUAAUUUUUUUAAUUUGAAAUAAGCUUAAUUAAGUUUCAGUAUGACUUUUUAAAAAUCGUAAUUUACUAUGCAUGUCUUUUAUCUUAUACCAGACCCAAAGGCCAUGUUCCCCUCUCUGAGGUGUCGCCCUCGCAGCUGAUUGCAUAUGACUAUGAGAGGGACCUAUUGCCUAUGAUGUUGGCGAGCUGCAGCUACUCGCUAGAAAUGGGAAGAGAAACGCAGCUCCAGUACAACUGGGAAGCGCUGGAGAAGCAAAUCAUUGAUCGGUUCAUACGGGGAAGACCACAAGUGGAGUUUGAAGUAAUCAACUUUUUAUUUAAUGCUCUUUACUGACAGGAAAUUUAAGUUUUUUACUUUGUUGAAAGAAGUUUUAGUAAAUCCUUUUGGUAUUAACAACCGCAUCGCUGAUUCGAGGUUGGGUGCCUGGAACAUCUAGGGGCGUCCGCUUUUGGCAGCCAGGCCCUAGACUGAGUAAUGCUCCAUAGCUGGCACCACCACGUAACGCUUCUAUGAGCUCUCACAACAAGGAGAAACAAGCACACGUGACACUGAUAAAUAUCUGAUUCGAAUGGAAAAAAAUUGAAGGUUAGGCCCCGGCUUCGGCGUCCCUGGUUUAAUGUUAAGGAUGGUUAGAUCGCUGGACAUUUUUUAACAAUUGUAGCGGCUUAAGGGAGAGACUGGAAAUUCACGACCGUCCAAUAAAGAAUUCUUGGCGGGCUUCACUGAAAAGUGAAGUUUGAAAGAAACCAUAAUGAUGGAAUUUAAAGUGUUUUGAAGCAAACCAGGGACAACGAUAGGGGAUCAAGUUUAGCAAAUUACACUUUGUUUUUAACUCAUCGCCGGCACCUUUAACUUGAUUUUAAACCUACAAAAUUAUAGAAGAAAAAAACCUUUGUAUUAAAAAAUAAUUUUUUUUUUUUACAUAUCAGAUAGAAGAUUUUGUGUUUCUCGAGGAUGCCCGAGAUGAGUUUUCCUUUGCUGCAUUAAAACACAAGAUUCCACAGGUGCGUUGUUUUUACAUAUCAAGUAGUUAAUUAUCAGCAAUAAAAACUUUUACAUGAGCAAAACAGCAUUUCUUUACACAUUUUUUUUUCUAUUUAUCUCGAAGGAGCCCAUUACGGGACACAUUCGUUCUCAGAUCCUGUCGGAGUUCAAAGAUCUCAAAGAUGUUACCGACGUAAUCAAAACGCUGGAAAUUACAGUUGGCUUUUUGUCUAUAAGUGGUGGAGACCCAGAAAUGAGCAUCGGUGACUAUUGCAGGGACGUGUUGCGAUUGAAUGAAGGAAAAUCAAGGCAGAAAAACAAGAAGGUUUUCAAUAAAAAUUAAACAUAAAAUGUAAUUUAUUUAUUUUGAUAAGUACAGCUGUAGUAGUUAUUAGUUGCCGUAUGGUUUUAACUGUAGUGCUUUUCUGGUGAAGGACUAAACCAUGAUAAUUUUUGGUCCCGUAUUGUAGAAAUGACUUUAAGUAUCUCUUGGGACACAAGAUUUUAUGUUUACAACAUUUAAGCCAACAUAUGUUUGCCCCAAGCCCGCCCAGCCGAAAAUACCGUAAUCGAGUCGGGGAAUAGGAAAUCGUGUGAACAAAAUACGAGACCAUUAAAUUAUUCCUAGAACUAUGAUAAAUAUAAAUUCACAAAUAAAAUCAAAACAGGAAGAAGAAUAUCAAGCACGUGUAAUGUAGUUGGUUGAUUCUAAUGUUGACGCCCGUUUUGAAUUCAUUAGGAAAUUGUUAAAGAGGUCGUGAUGACUGAAAUGUAUGUUAAAAUUUGGUUUUAUGACACACCUUUAAAGUUAGGUAUAUUUUGUUUGUUUUGUUUUUUAAAGAUAUUUUAUUCUAUUCAAACUGAAAAAAAAUUGUUUUCCUUAUUUCCAGGCUUACCAGCAGUGCAAAUUAAAAAACAUUCUGGAAUUGUGGCGAACCCUUGCUGUUGCGCGUGCAAGGUUUCUCUUAAACAACAAUGAGGUAUUUUUCUAUUAUUUUAAUUUGCUUUAAACGUUGCUUAUCUGUAACUUGGUCACUAAUAGAUUUGCUAACUUCUUUUAUUUUGUGUAUAUUUGCAACUUAGUAAACUGGACUCCUUUUGUAUUUUUCAUCUCUAUCGUUCUCAGGAUCCUUUUGAGCACGUUCCGGACUGUUUUAAGGAUGAAAUGCCGAAGAAAGUGGUAACUCGCUUUAGUGGGGCGCUUAGGAAAAAAAUUGACGUACAUCUCUUCUUGACUAAAGUUGUUGAAGUCAUCUGUGUUAGUCUUGCUGAGGAGGAAGAAGAAAUUGGGGAAAUGAGGUAGUGUGUAACGUUUUUAGAUAGCCUUCCUUUUUCGGACUUUUUUGAGCUUACCAUGUGUAAUCGAACUAGAGCCAAUCACGAUUAUAAGCUCUAUGUAAAAGUUGCCAGUUAAAUUGCUACAAAUAUUCUUUUUUUUGUACGGAUUGUUAUUGUGUGGAAUAAUGGUUUAAAUUAUGAUAUGCAAAUACUGUUUUUGAUUCGAGGUUUUAGUUUUUAGAUUUUUUUUCUCAGUAUAUAAUGUUUUAGAUUCUAGAUUUUACAUUUGUUUUCUUUUAUUUUGGGGUGUCUUUUAUAUAGGGAUAACCUCUAGAUAUCUCCUUUCGAGAGAUAUUUUGUUUUGUUUUCUAUCUCUUUAAUAAAGUAUUGUAUUAUAUUGUAUUGUAUUUACCUUACGUUUGCGUUUCUUUUAAAAUCAAUGAAGUAAUUGUUAUCAUCAUGCAAUCCUUGCGUGUAAGCAUUAAUUUUUAUUGGCUUUAGGAAUGUCGCUUGGUAGUCACGUGACCGUCCGUCGCUGACAAGUCGUUAGCUUUUAAAUGAUUGCAGGCUCAAUUGCUGGUGGAUUUCUAUUUCAAUCGGUUACAAGUUCAUUGUUUGAAGUAAAUUAUAAAUUUAUUAACGGGAGCUUCGCCUUUGGCCUUGGCUAUAUCUAUAUAUUACUGAAGUGAACAAACCAUGUGCAAAUGCCAUACGCGCGAACUUUCCAUGAAGCAUUCUAACAAACGCACCUUAAAUUUAAGCUAUUGAUUCUUUCUACAGCCUAAGUGAAUACUUGGCGAGGUAUUUUGAAGAAAACGAGGAAGAAUUUCCGGGCUUGGAUGAAAUGCCCGAAGACGUUUCUGUCAAGCACACGAUUCAUGCGUGGCAGCUUGCACUGGAACGAAGUGAGCAAGACGGACGGCGAAGAACAUCUAUGAUGACCUAAUUUUCGCAAACAACAAAUACUCGUUGUAAUGGCGGCUAAUCCAGUUACAAACAGUACUGAACGACUCUUAUAAUCAAGGGGUAGAGGGACAAAAAUCAAGCACACCUUGCUCAGCAUUCUGACAACUUACAAAUCGGCAUGUUUGGCUUACCAAGUUAUUUGUAGCGGGAAAGCACAAGUGUUCAGAAGUAAAUACUUCUUUUUUCGUUUUCUUUUACGUUUUUUCAUUUUAAACAGUAUAAUGGAAAUGUGUUUUCAUAAACGUUUAAUAGGGGGUUGGUACAAAUCAAGAAAUUUGAUAAUGGACUUAAUUGGAUAAUUAUAAAAUGGAAUGCAUUUUUUCAAAACUGUUUAAGGCAUGUGUCAGUCUUUCAAACUUUAUCUUUGUGAUUUUGAAUUUUUGCGAAGCGUCGAUUUUUCACCUAGAAGUUUUUUUCCGCUGAUCCUCAGUUUCGUAGAAGUUCAUUUACGAAACUAAACAAAAUGAACUAAACUGCCUUGAGAGAGUUCCAUUAAACUCGAAAUUUUGAAAAAUUCAAGAGUUCUGCUCAAAGAAAAAGUAGGUCAGGGUGGAUUAAGUAAAUGGGCGUUCUUUGCCUGAUUGUUUAUUUUCAAUAACUUUAGAUUUUUUUGCUCAAACUCAUUUCUCCUAAGGUAAUAAAAUGUUCAGAAUACAAAUAUG